UUCUAUAUAAGAUGCUCUGGUUGAUAACAUGGUAAAACCUAUGUAGGCCAAACAGUGAAUAUAGUGCUUUAUAGAUAACACAACAUUACAUAAUACAUAUAUUGCACAUUUGCACCUGGAUAUAUAUACAAUCAAGUUGUGGUGUUCGUCUACAGCAAAGAGUGCACAUCAUGUCAAACGCCAGAGAAAAAUCAGUACUAGCUGCUUUUGGAAUGACAGGACUUUCCUUGGUAGCAUGGAAAACAAUGUUUCCUUGGAUACAAUAUGAUCUGCAAUCAAUGAAGACAAAUCUCAAAGUUGCUAAAUACAUGAGCAAUAGUGCAAACAGCAAAGGCUUCGUAAUUGACAAUUUUGAAACGACAGUUGCGCGCUUUCCAAAGAAAACAUAUAUCAUAUGUGAUGAUAGGUGUUACACAUUUGAAUACGUCAACUCUCAAGCGUGUAAAGUGGCAAAUAUAGUCAUGCAGUGGGAUUUGAACAGGAGCGACGCCGUUGCAAUUUUUGUACACAACAGCGCAGAAUAUAUUUGGACAUUCCUCGGUUUACUGAAAAUUGGUUUUCCUGUAACCUUAUUGAACAUCAAUGUACGAGGAAAGUCUCUGUCAAAUGCGAUCCAACAAACAGACACAAAAGCUAUCAUUGUUGGUCAAGGAGAAGAUUUAUACGAAGCAAUUAGUGAGAUUAGAAAUGAAAUUGACAUACCAGUCUACGUCAUGGGAAUGGUUUCUGAAAAAUGGCAACAUAAUUACCAGUCAUGGGACCUGUUAAUGAUGACAUCAUCACCAGUAGAGAUUUCUCAAGUCUUCAGGAGUCAUAUAGACAUGCAUACAAUUGGUUGUUAUAUCUUAACUUCCGGAACAACAGGUUUACCAAAGGCAGUACGAAUCCCACAUUUUAAGCUUGCAUCUUGUUCCAGAUUAAUGCGUUUGUGUGACCUGCAACCAGAAGAUGUACUGUACACUGUUUUGCCCUUUUAUCACGUGGCUGGUAUUUCCGGAUGGUUAAGUGGGGCCGAAAUAAGUAACACUGUAGUGAUACGUAAAAAGUUUUCUGCCAACCACUUUUGGGAUGAUUGUAGAAAAUACCAUGUAACUGUUGUUCAGUAUAUCGGUGAAUUAUGUAGAUAUAUGUUGGCAUUACCUGAGAACCCAAAAGAUGGCACUAAUAAUAUCAAAUGUUUUAUUGGUAACGGGCUUCGUCAGGAUAUCUGGCUGCAACUGCAGAAACGAUUUAAAAUACCUAAAUUCGUAGAAGUUUUUGGAGCAACUGAGGCCACAGGAGGACUAGUAAAUGUUUGCAACAGACCAGGAGCAGUCGGCAGAAUUUCGCCUUUAAUGAAUAAGCUGGAUCCUGCUCCCAAGUAUUUACUAAAAUAUGACGUUGUCACAGCAAAUCCACUACGUAAUAAAUUAGGACGCUGUAUGGAAGUUCAGAUAGGUGAACCGGGAAUAUUGAUAUGUGGAAUUCCUCCUUCUCAUCAAGUUGAAAAAGGUUUAUACAAAGGUAACAUGGAAAUGACAGAAAAAAAGAUUGUACGUAACGUGUUUAAAGAAGGGGAUGCUUACUUCAACUUUGGUGACUCAUUGUAUCUAGAUAAAGAUUACUUCGCUUAUUUUCAUGACCGAGUUGGAGACACUUUCAGAUGGAAAGGCGAAAACGUAUCUACGACAGAAGUUAGUAACAUUAUUUCACAGCUACCAUUUAUCUUAGACGCAAAUGUAUAUGGAGUAUCAGUUCCUGGUCAUGACGGGAAGGCGGGUAUGGUUUCCCUGACACUUAUGGAGAACAUCGAACUUACAGCUGAAAAGUUACAAGAAAUCUACACUCACUGUGAAAAGGAAUUACCAAGAUAUGCAAGACCUUUAGUAUUAAGAAUUGAGAAGGACAUGCGAACAACUUCUACAUACAAACAACAUAAAGUAACUCUAAUGAAAGAAGGAUUUGAUCCUAAUGUAGUGUCUGAUCCAAUGUUUUAUUUGUCAGCGGAGGCCAACACGUAUCUUCCUCUAAAUUCAACAAAUCAUCAUCUUAUGAUACAAGCUAAACUAUGAAAAAGACAUUUUGAAACUUUUAAAAUAAGUGUUGUAGCUCAAUAUUCAAAAGUUAUUUGAUUUUUUAUGCAAUUCCACUUCAUGCGCACUUUUUCAUUUACAGGAAGAUCACAGUUACAAGUAAAUAAAAUUUAUAAACAG